AUGGACAGUUGGGUAGGAAUCGCCGUUAUUAUUGCCAGCGGUUUGAUUGCCGCUUAUUCUGGUGUAUGUUUGGCCCGGUGUUGGCUUAUGCUCGAAGAGCGAUGGCCUGAAUACAGGAGUCCCACCAGAAAUCCGUUUGCGUCCAUCGGCUACCGAUCCAAUGGACAGUGGAUGAGCUAUGUUUGUUCGGCUGUAAUGGACGUGACAUUCUUCGGCGGUGCGACAGUCCAUAGCCCUAAUACCGUUGUCGUGGUUGGGAUCUCCGGCCGACUUUUGGCCGCUGGCCGUCGGGGCGAUACUCUCUUACAUACGGCGAUCAGACAAAUAACAUUUUGCGAUUGGAUUGUAAUCAUAGCCAUAGCCCUAAUACCGUUGUCGUGGUUGGGAUCUCCGGCCGACUUUUGGCCGCUGGCCGUCGGGGCGAUUGGCACCACAAUAAUAGGGCUUAUAUUACUAUUAGUGGAUGUUAUCAUGGAUUCGUCUACUUAUGUAUCUUCGGCCACAUAUAACGCGCCCUCAUUCUCAUCAUUCUUCCUGGGCUUCGGCACAAUAGUGUUCGCCUUCGGAGGUGCGGCCGCUUUCCCCACAUUUCAAAACGACAUGAAAGAUAAGACCAAAUUCCCGAUUGCAGUGGUCGUCGGCUUUAUCCUACUGAUAGUCCUUUACCUUCCCGUGAGUAUCGGUGGUUACACAGUAUAUGGAAGCGCUGUUAAGGCAGAUAUAUUGGAUUCGGUGUCCACCGGCGGUCUCCGGACAGCUGUUACCGCAUUGUUUGCUAUUCAUCUAUUCCUCGCGUUUUUAAUACUCCUGAAUCCAGUCGCACAAGAGUUUGAGACUUUCGUUAAUAUACCCCAAAUAUUAAUGGUUUACACGGUAUAUAGCAUUCACAUACAAGCGAUGCAUAACCCGCACAAUACUGAUGGUCGCCAUCACCCAAACAUUCACAUACAAGCGAUGCAUAACCCGCACAAUACUGAUGGUCGCCAUCUGUUUCACGGCUUUAUCGGUCCCACAAUUUGGCAAAAUAUUGAGUCUAAUCGGCGGCUCAUCCGUUACUCUAAUGACAUUUGUUUUGCCACCGAUUUUCUAUUUAAGUCUUGUCUCACAACAGGACCAGAACAAGGAUUGGCCGCAAAGGGAAAUUACUUUGAAAUUGUAAUCGGAGUGAUAGCGGGCGUCGCCUCCACUUAUUCAGCCAUACGUGAAUUGGUGGACCCUGAUGCUUUCAAACCACCUUGCUAUAUGUCGAAAGCAUUGAUUGGACACAAGAAUAUCGACGAAUUCGUAGAGAAGUGUCAAAUCGAUGGCAAACUAUGGCACAGAUGUCUUUGGAUGGGAUGUGAUUACACCACCAAUCGAUCCGAAGGCAAACUAUGGCACAGAUGUCUUUGGAUGGGAUGUGAUUACACCACCAAUCGAUCCGAUUCAAUUCAACGCCAUUUGCGAAAACAUACGGGUGUUCGUCCGUAUCGGUGCUCUUUCGAGGGCUGCACUUACGCCACAAUCCAGUCGUCAGCUCUUAAGAUACAUAUCCGAAGGCUGGACGAGAGUCAGAGCGCGUGCACCAGUAUAUGUCUGAAAGGCGCUCAAUUGGUUCCCAUCAAUAUAUUCAACGCUUUCUCCACCACUCCUUCCGAAGACAUUCAGGUGGAUGUGGACGUGGAGGGGAUCCCGGAGUUGUACGGAGAGAAGGGAUCGAUGGAUGCGAUGAGCGAAACCAUUUGCAUCAAUAGCAGCGAUAAUAGCAUUAAAAAUGUGUUACAAUACGUGGAGAAGCGGGAAAUCGAUGGUAAAGUCAUAUAUUACUGUACAUACAGUCAGGACUGUAAAUAUGACUCAAUUAGAACUGAUUGUAUUGUUAGGCACAUGAGGUCGCAUACGGGCGAUAAGCCCUAUCGGUGCCAAUUCGAGGGCUGCGGCUAUAAAACGGUACAGAAGUCGGCCCUCACUGAGCACCAGAUGUGGCACUCGGGACAGCGCUUUAAGUGCGACUACUGUACCUAUAAGUCCAUCAAACGAACCAAACUCCAGCAUCACAUCCAUAAGAAUCAUUUGAAUCAUUUGAGUGCUCUUAGCGUUGAGGAGACAACGAUUGACAAACGUUUCGGACAAUACGUGUCGAAGAAGAAUCUCAAUUGGUUUGAGUGUAAAUAUCCGAAGUGUAAAUACGGAACCAUUAGAUCCGAUGCCAUUGUCAGACAUAUGCGAACUCAUACGGGAGAGAAGCCCUAUAAGUGUCGCUUUGAAAACUGUGAUUAUAAGACAAUUCAGAGCUCGACUCUUAAAAAACAUGAAUCCAAACACACGACACGUUAACAUACAUGUACUGUAUAAUGGAUUUAAUUAUAAAACUCUAAAUUAACGUAUUUUUAUAUAAAUUUAUUUAUGUUUAAUUUCUAAUUUUAAAACCUUUUAAGUUCUCAAUUA